AUGUCCACUUCCCUCUCCAGCACCUGCGCCACCUACUUCUACUGCGAGCACUACCGCCUGGCGACGACCAAGACCAUCACCAAGACCACCACCAGCCACCACCACCACCGCGCCGCCAACAUGUGUUGGUACAUCCGGGAGCUCGACUGCGACAAUCCCUCCUGCAAUUCCGCGGAGGCGAAGUUCUUCUUGCUGGAUCCGUGUCCGCCCGUUGAGCGCGAGGCAGAUGUGCUUGCCGCGGCCGCUCAAUGCGGCUCCGUACGUUGGGCGACCUGGUCGCAGGCACAGAGUGCCUUCCCGUGCCCUGCCUGUGAGAGGGCUGCAGCACGCCAGGCUGCGCAGACUGCGCAGCUGCAAGCACAGUUCCAGUCUCCUGUUGGCCAAGCACAGGAGGCUGUGCGCCAAGCGGCACUCCGUGGACACCUCCUGCCGGCUUCCUUGCUGGCACCUGCUCCUGCUCCGGCACCAGCACCAGCACCAGCACCAGUGCGCCGUCGCCGCCAGUUGGCGGAGGACCUCAGUAAGUCAUCAUCUUUCAUAUUGCAUCAGCAAUCCAUUGCAACGCAUGUAAGCAAGCAAGCAGCAGCGUGGACUGCAACGCUAUGGAUCUCAGCGACGCCGCCGUACAUUAUUGGGGAUGCUGGUCGAUUUGUAUCAGGCCAUAGCAGGACGCUCGAUACGCCAGUAUGGAUCCUCACGGCCGACUCGACGGAUCUCGAUACCAUCGACAGGACUGCUUCCAAGCCACGCGAUGGAUUGUCUGAGAAGCUGCAGGGCCUCAGUUUUGGUAUUGUCAGUCGCGCCAGGUACGCGGGCAAGGACCUGGAUCCACGGCUCAUCAUGUCACCACCAUCUCACAUCACCCUCAGCUGCCAUUGGCUUAAUGAGGAGACAACAUGGCCAACACAAUGCAUAGUCGAUGCUGAUGUUCUGGAGACGCGAGGUCGAGAUUUCAGCAUUCACGCGGAAGGCACCGGAAACACCAUUCCCGAUCGAGGCUGCGGGACUUUCACCUGA